AUGGCGACCCUAACUAUUGCUGGCCUUGAGGAACUUCUUGGUGGAUUGGGGUUGAAGAUUCCCAUCCCUCAUUUUCCGGCAGCUGACGUACUGAAUAAACCUCUGGACAUCGUCCGCUCCUACCUCGCAGAUAUUCUCUGCAGCCUAGUCGAGUGCGAUCCAGUGAACGCCUACAACUCUAUUCAAUGGCCCGGUGACAUUUUUAAUGGAGAUUUGGCGGUCGUAUUGCCAAAGCUAAGCCACGGCGCCAACCCCAACGACCUCGCGCUUGAUCUCACGCGAAAGUUCCCAGCGUGCCCGCUUUUCCUCCUCCCCUUUUCAGAGGGCGUCCACCUCCGUAUCAUGUUUAAGCCGGAGACGCUUCCGCGUCUCUUAUUUCCUUACAUCAAUGAUCGCAAGGACUCGUAUGGCCGAGGUGUCUCUCUUGGGCUUCACGAUCCCUCUUCACCCGACUUGGGUUGCAAGAAGGUGGUGGUCGAGUUUUCGUCCCCUAACAUCGCCAGCGAGUUUCAGGGUAAGCAUCUCCGGAGUACCAUCCUCGGUGCCUACAUUGGGAACCUAUAUGAAUCAAUGGGUUGGGAUGUUAUCAAGAUCAACUAUCUGGGCGACUGGGGCAAGCCGAUCGGGUUGUUGGGCGUGGGGUGGGAGAAAUUUGGCUCUGAAGACCAGUUCCAGACUGACCCCGCUGGACAUCUCCUGGAUGUCUAUAAAAACAUAAACGACCUGUUUAUACCCGAGCAAGUGGCCAGCAAAAAGGCCCGGGAUGAAGGAAGAGAUUCUGCGGAGAUUGAGGCCCAAGGACUGUUCGCAGAACGGAACGCAUUUUUCAAGAGGAUGGAAGAUGGCGACGAGGAGGCUGUUGCACUAUGGAAGCGCGUCCGUGACGUCAAUAUUGAGAACUAUACCAAUCUCUAUGCUCGUUUGAACGUCAAUUUUGACGAGUACUCUGGAGAAUCGCAAGUCAAUCCGAAGACUAUGGCCGAAAUUGAGGAAAUGCUGAAGAACAAAGGACUAUGUGAGGAAAGCGGAGGAUCCUGGAUCAUUGAUUUCAAGAAACACACAGUGAAAGCUGGCGUGGGGAUUAUUCGAGACCGCACGGGAAGCAGCACUUACCUGCUCCGAGAUCUCGCCGCUGUUGUGGACCGUGACAGGAAGUACUCGUUUGACAAAAUGAUAUAUGUCGUUGCCGCAGAUCAGCAUACUACCCACUUUUCGAGACUCUUCAAGAUCUUGGAACUCUUGGACAUGUCCCAUCUGGCCAGCAAAUUGCAGCAUGUCCACUUCAGCGAGGUCUCCCAAAUGUCGAAGAAGUUGAGCCACGGGCAUAUGCUAGGCGAGAUUCUCGAUCAAUACCAAAGCGCAAUGCAGGAAUCGAUGAAGGCAAACCCAGAAAAAGCCGGUCUCCUCGGUGAUACAGAAGAGGCAGUCGCCACGAUUAGUAUCACUGCUCUUCUAACCCAGGAAUUAUCUACCCGGCGGGCAAAUGAUCACGCCUUUGACAUCUGUCAGAUGACCUCCUUUGAGCCCGGUACUGGUCCUCAUCUACAAUACUGUUAUGCAAGACUGUGUUCCAUCCUCAAGUCCGAACCCGCCCAUACCGACCUUUCUGACGAGGAAUUUGCAUCCCUUGAGGGAGAGGAUCAAACUAACCUUCUUCGUCUCUUGAUCCAAUACCCCGACAUUACUCAUUCCGCGUACAAAGCUUUGGAGUCGGCUACAGUUAUGGCCUAUCUUGCCAACGUCACUUGGCACCUAUCCUUUUGCCUCAAAAGCCAGGACGAAACUAGUGUCACUCCAGCCCAAGCAAUGCUGUACGAGGCCACACGAAGAGUGCUCGAAAAUGGAAUGAAGCUGCUUGGAAUCACGCCGGCUGUGAACUGA